AUGUCCACAGAUAAAAAAGAGUACAGUUUACAAGAUCUCUACAAGGAUCCAUCAGAAGAAGAAGACGAAGAACAAGAUUCUGACUUUGUACCUGAAGAUAACGAGGAAGAAGAAGAGGAAAACGAAGAAUUUGAGGAAUCAGAUGAAGAAGAUCAAGACACUAAAGAAAAGGCUGAAAGAGAAUCCGCCAAGAGACCUUUAGAAGAUGAAAAGGAAGACCCUCAAGCCAAAAAGGCAAGGAUUGAAGCACUCUGGAAUGAUAUUAAGGAUACAAAAAAACCUAUGACAAAUAAUAAUAAUAAUAAUAAUAACAAUGAACAAGAUGUAAGCAAGCCACUAGAUAGUAAUAAUAAUGAUACACCAGAAAAACCCAAGACGAAACCCAAGAUUGCUCGACCGAAAUCAACACUGUCCUCAUUGGUGUCUCAAUAUAACAUUAAAGUGCCAAAAAUGAAUACGCUUGAAAAGAGUAAACUAGAUUGGAAGACGUUUGUAGAAAAGGAAGGCAUUAAGGAUGAGCUAACAUACAAGAAUAAAGAUGGCUACGUUGAAAAAGUCGAAUUUCUUCAACGCGUAGACGAACGAAGGUUACGGCAAUUGAAAGCGGGACAAAAAGAAACCAAGAAAAAUGAGUAAAAAGAAAGCGUGCAUAAUUCCAUUGGGUUUUAAUCCGCAAUUGUAUUAUUUUGGUAAAUUUUCUCUUUCUUUUGCUUCAAAAAUAAAGACGGGC